AUGGAUCAUUUCAUGGCCCUUGCUGAUCUACCUGUUCAUUAUCUUGGUCUUGCGAAAGGGCUGUCACUGACACCAGAACUGAUUGCUGCUAAUCUACCAACUGGCAAGAUCAUCUAUUCAUACAUACGUUCUAUUGCACCAAUCACACACAAUACUGAACUAACUCCCGUUCACCUUAUAGUCCACGACCCACACUUUCUACGACGAGCUGGCCAUGAUAUUAUUGUAUACGACGAUAUAGGUCGCCCUGAUGGAUUUGCAGCGAUUGUAUGUCAAGCACUCAUACUCGAAGGUCGUUGUACCCAAGCUCAUUAUCUCAGAGGCGGGAUACGAGACUUUGCCAAAAAGUACCCAAUGCUUGUAAAGAGGAUUGCAGUCCCACAACAGCAUCCGCCGCAGCAACAAUCAUAUACUUCUCAAGUCGUCGUACCUUCUCGAUCGUCGUCGUCAGGGUCAACAACAUCAUCGUCUACAGGUGUCCCGACAAGUAACACUAGUGCAGCUGCUACCCUGUUUGCGUCUGAUGCAAACACAUCGUCAAGUGUCGAACCACUCACGAGUACAUCAUCGUCUGAUAGUAGUAUACCCGCAGUUCCUGCUCGAACGUCUAGUCUCGGUAUCACUACCAAUAAUAGCAAUAAUAGUAACGGUUUGGGUGGACCGACUGAAGAAGUAUUAAAGGCUCUUGGCAAGGAUGUACACCCAACAUCACUAAAAGAAGCCAUCCAGGAGCCAAUAGCUCAACCUUUACAGCAGCCUUACGUGACUCCAUCUCGAAGAUCGUCAUUAAAAGAGUACAAGGUGCCUGCUCGAAACUCGUCGUUAAUUGAUACCACUCAUAUGAGCAUGAUGGGAGUCAACUCAUUUGAUGCGUUAUGGACUGAUUCUGAUGCAUCGUAUGUAAACGAGUAUCAGAAUGGUCAUGCAAAUACUAGUAAUAGCAAUACGGCCGCUGGUAAACAAACCAUAUAUGUACCCGAAGAAGGGUUCUCAUUGCCCGCUGGGGAUGAAGCUGCUCAAGACGAUGAAGAUACUGCUGCUACUUUAUUGUCACUCUCGUUAUCAUCUUCACCAUCAAAUCAAUCAGCUCAAGAAACGCAGGGGUACUUUGCUCAACAGCAGCAGAUAGAUAGACACGGAUAUCAUGGCACAAACGGUCAUAUUAAUGAACAUGAUGACGACGAUGACGACCUAUCAACUCUCACCAUGAUGAAUACUCCAGAGCCCGUAUUGGCCAUAAAAGUAAAACAAUUACAUCUGGUAGAUGCAGUUUGGUAUGGCAAAGUAGUACCAUUUGGAGAUGUACCAUUAGCCAUUUUGGAUAACUUCUUAUAUUUGGGAUCAUGUUUUGCUGCACGUCCAGAUUUGUUGAGGCAAAACAAGAUUACUCGUGUAUUGAGGCUUGGAUGGGGAUUUGCUGAAAUUGAACCGUAUUAUGAAGAGGAAAUUGACGAAGAAAUAGAUGGAGAGAUGGAUGGUGACAUAAGUAGUAGUGGAGUAUUUAUACCGUCAUCGACAUAUCCGAAUGGUGAAGCUAGUAGCAACAGCAGUAGUGUAUUGUCGUCUUUACAGUCCUCGCCUAAUACGUCGCCAGUCCUUCAUCGUGCAACAAUACCACCACAACAGCCGCAGCCGCAACAAUAUAAUGAAAAGACUCGAAAGCCAACCAGAAGACGUAUAGUAAAAAGACGCCACCAAAUCCGAUAUUACGAUUACCCUAUCGAAGAUGUCGCCACCGAACCCAUUCGAGUGCUCUUUGAAGAAACCACAUCUAUACUAGAAGAAGCUCGAUUAGCUGGUGAACGUGUACUCGUUCAUUGUCAUGCCGGUGUAUCGAGGUCAAGUACGGUCGUGUUGGCAUACCUUAUGAAGUAUCGAGGUAUGAGCUUGUACGACGCGUGGAAUCUUGUAUAUAUAAUUCGACCCAUCGUACGACCGAAUGAUGGAUUUGCUCGUGCUCUACAAGAAUAUGAGGUUGAGCUACUUGGAAAGCCGACUUCUAGUCUACCGAUAUUCUGGAUGAGUGAGUCGUACUCUUACUACCUGGAAUAUUUGGAGUGGUAUACGAGGCUGUAUAUGGCAGAUCAUUACAAUCAUAGUAGGGCUGCUAAUGGUGGUGGUAAAGGAAGUAAAAAUGGAAGUGCUGAGGAAGACGACGCUCUCAUCCAAAUGUUACAUUAUCAGUAUGCCAGACUCAAGAAUGGAGGUGAGCCUGACCGUAAUGGAGGGAAUCAAACUAGGAUAGUGCUUCCACCACCAGCACCGACAGUCAUGUUGCCCUCCGGUAGCAGCACGACAUCGUCUUCUGCAUCAUCUGUCGUUUAUUCUAGUACUGAAGGAGGUGAAUUAGUCGAUGAUGAUGAUAGUGAGUCUGUAGUGGCAGUAACCGAAGUUCCUGGUGAUGAGAGUGGUACAGGGGAUGCUACAGCUGUCGAUGUCAACACAACACCAUCUAUCAAACAAUCACUUCAAACAGUAGAAGAAUAA